CCACCGAGUUAUCAUGGCAGAACUCGCCACCAAGAAUUCAGAAUGGGUGGAAGUUGACACCUGGGAAAGUCUUCAGAAGGAAUGGGUAGAGACCGUUAAGGUGCUAAGACACCAUCAGGAGAAACUGGAGGCUGGGAGCUGUGACCACCAGCAGGACUCACCUACACCAGGAAGGCCCGGACAGAAAAGGAAGUGGGUGGAACAAAGACAAGAUUUUAGUCAAAAGAAAUUGCUAGAGCCAAAACCAAAAGUUGUGCCAGAGGUAAAGCUGCUGUGUGGGGCAGAUUUAUUGGAGUCCUUUGCUGUUCCCAAUCUGUGGAAGAGUGAGGAUAUCACCCAAAUUGUGGGAGACUAUGGGCUCAUAUGUAUUACUCGGGCUGGAAAUGAUGCUCAGAAAUUCAUCUAUGAAUCUGAUGCACUGUGGAAACACCGGAACAACAUUCACCUGGUAAAUGAAUGGAUCACCAAUGACAUCUCAUCCACAAAGAUCCGGCGAGCCCUCAGAAGGGGCCAGAGCAUUCGCUACUUGGUACCAGACCUUGUCCAAGAAUAUAUCGAAAAGCAUGAUCUGUAUAGCUAUGAGAGUGAGGAGAAGAAUGUCGGGGUCAUCCUGGCUCCUUUGCAGAGGAAAGUUGCGGACGCUAACUCAUAAAUCCUACAGGAUGAUAUUUUGGAUUUCCAGUUUGGGAAUUUGAAACAGUCUGGGUGUUAGUAACUGGGAAGAGAAAUUGUGAUCCUGUUUCAUAAACUAAAGCUUCUUAAAAGUUUGGUAAAAAUCAGAAGUAGAUUAAAAUCAGGUUUAUCAUUUUAUUGGAAAUUGCUAAGAUGAAUGUUUUCAAUAUGGUCUUUUUUCUUUUUUUCUUUUUUAAAGAAUGUACAAAUCCUUGAAUCUUUAAAAUGGGAUUAACGGCACUAAAAUCAGAAGCCAUUCAGUUUAACUACAAAUAAGAAGUCAAAAAGGACAUUUUAGUUUUACCACAUAAGAGGAACAAAGUGGGAAAAACAAGAGUCCAUUUAAAAUGCUAACUUUAGGGGUGCCUGGGUGGCUCAGUUGGUUAAGCAUCCAACUCUUGGCUUCGGCUCAGGUUGCGAUCUCGCAGUCAUGGGAUCGAGCCCCGUAUCAGGCUCUGCAUUCAGCGUGGAGUCGGCUUCAGAUUCUCUCUCCCUCUCCCUUCCUGCUCACUCUCUUUCUCAAGUAAAUAAA